AUGGUUCAAAAGUACUUUUCUAAUAAAAAUCAAGCUAAAAUCUUUGGCAAAGAGGUUCCAAAAGUUCCUUUUAUUCCCGUGUUAUGGUCGAUUCUAACCGGACCACAUGUUGAAGUCUUAGAAAAUAUACCCGAAGAAUAUUAUCAAUCAGGAAUUUACAAGGCUCGUUUGGGACCAAACGAUUAUUAUACCAUCGUAAGUGCCGAUUUUGCUAGAAAAAUUUUAACCGAACAAGAAGAUAAAUUCCCCAAAUAUAAAUUCAAUAACGAACUACCAGUACACAAGUUUUAUGGAAACGGGAUCGUUUUCGCCAAUGGUGACGAAUGGCGUGUCCAUAGAAAAUUAUCGAACCCAGCAUUUAAUCGUUCAUUGUCACCUAAUAUCAUGGGUCAAGUUGUUUUGGACACGUUUAAAUAUAUGAGCAGCGAAAUUCAUGAGCCAAUCAACAUUUACGAAAUGUUGCAACAUAUAACCAUUGAAGUAUUAGGACAGGUUGCUUUUGGAUAUUCGUUCGGAACCUUAAAAUCUAAAGAAUUGCCAGAUAUAGUUCGUAAAUAUAAAAUUAUCCUAAAUCAAGUCGAAUCAUAUCCGUUAUAUGUACUUCCUUUUCUAAAUAAAUUACCAACAAAAAGAAAUCGCAUUUUUCAAGAAGCAGUAAAAGACUUUGAUGAAUUUAUAUAUGAGAUCAUUGAGCUUAAAAGACUUGAAUUAGCUAAACGCAAAGAAUCAAAUGAAGGGAAUACGUCAGAUAAUGAAGAAUUAUUGAUCAGUAUGCUGGAGGCAAGCGAACAAGAAGAUAUUAAUAUUGGAAAGAAAGAUUUAAGAGAUAACAUGACAAAUUUCUUUAGUGCCGGGAAUGACACCACUUCGAUGUCCAUAAGUUCUUCGAUUUAUUAUCUUGCAAGAUAUCCGGAAAUGCAGAAGGAAGCAAGAAAUGAAGUGUUAAGUGUAAUGGGCAAUGAAGUCAAAAUACCAACAGUAGAUCAAUUGAAGGAAUUGAAAUAUGUAAAUGCUAUUGUAAAAGAAAGUUUGCGACGAUUCCCUGCUCCAAUGACAUAUCGACAACUCCAAGAACCUACGAAAUUUGGGGAAUUUUUACUUCCAGAGAAAUCUAUAAUAAGAGUUUCAAAUUACGGCAUACAUCAUGAUCCAAAAUAUUGGAAAAAUGCUCAUAAGUUCGAUCCUGAAAGAUGGUUAUCAAAAGAAAAAAUAGAAAAUAGACAUCCAUUUUCUUAUAUUCCGUUUAGUGCUGGUCCUAGAAAUUGCGUUGGACAAAACUUUAGUAUCAUGGAACAAAGAGUGAUUCUUGCAAUGUUUUUAAUCAAGUACGAAUGGAGUUUGCCCCAAAAUUCUAUACAUAAGGAAGAUUUGAUUUUAAGUAAUGCAUUUUUGUUUAGACCUAAAAAUCUCGAAAUUAAUUUUCAAGUAAGGUAG